AUGGAAUCCCACAACAGCAUCCAAACCGUCCUCUCCGUCCGCACCAUCCUAGAAUACAUCCUCCUCGAACUAGAUAUACGCACAAUCCUUACCUCAACGUCCCGCGUCAAUCGUUUCUGGAACUACACAAUCAGUAACUCCCGUCCCAUCCAACAAGCACUAUUCAUACAACCAUUUAGACGCCGCAACCACAAUUCCUCACAGGGAGUCCUCAACCCUCUACUAGCAGAAGCCUUUCCAGGGAUCUUCCAACAGAAUAGUACCGUCUUCCCCGAGCACACAGAAAGCAAACUUACCUUCGACACUUUCCACAUGGUCAGAGACCCCACCAGGACAGAAAUAUACAUGCGAGAAAACGCAAGUUGGCGCCGGAUGCUAGUCCAACAGCCUCCUGCGCGUUCAUUGGGGAUCGUUAGCCAUAUUGGGGAUGAUACGGGGUUUCGGGAGAGAUGUGAGAUACAGGGCGUAAGCGAGAUGGGACCUGAGCCGCCGAAUGACGGUGUGCGCAUGGAAAUGCUUUUCGAAAUCCUGGUAUUUCAUGGCGAACUCCAUGGCUUGAUGGAUUAUGCUACCGUUUACUGGUGGGGAGACCGCUCAGGCUCUUGGUUACUGGAAUAUAUGGAGGGUAUGGGCUUGUGUAAUGCCUCGACAGCGCCGGAUCUUAUAUUGUAUAUCCCUCUGUUUUUACCAGGUCGUCGGGAAAUUGGUUCGGACAUGGAGGUUAGUGGUCAUACGCCGGCUUUGGAUUAUCUUCGUUCUUUUUAUCAAGACAAGGGGAUAACUCCUAAUUUGAAUGUAAGGGAUGGAUGGGAAACCUUUGUCAAGAGACGGAGGAGGAGGUGGGUGUGA